AUGUCAUAUGUUGAAAUAUCUGACGCAGAUGAUUGGGGCAAAGUUUAUCCAAACUUGUCUGGAGAUGGUGCCCUUGGUAUGCUUAUUAAUCGUAAAGCAGAUAUAUGCAUUGGAGCUAUGUACUCGUGGUCCGAAGAUUACAAAUACUUAGACCUCUCCAUGUAUCUUGUACGUUCUGGAAUAACAUGUCUUGUACCAGCGCCUUUGCGGCUGACCAGUUGGUAUCUUCCCUUAAAGCCUUUCAAAGAAAUUUUAUGGGUCGCAAUUCUAUUAUGUCUAUGUAUGGAAGCCGUAGGAUUGGUUUUAGCAUAUAAAAGUGAGCAAGCGCUGUAUGUAGUGCCUAGUUACCGUGAGGGCUGGUGGACUUGCAUAAGGUUCGGAGUAUUUACCACCUUUAAACUUUUCAUAUCGCAAUCGGAAAACAGCAAGGCAUAUUCACUUACAGUUCGUGUACUACUCUUUGCCUGCUUUGUUAAUGAUUUAAUCAUAACCAGCAUAUAUGGAGGCGGGCUUGCCAGUAUAUUAACAAUUCCCAGCCUGGACGAGGCAGCCGACACAGUCCAGCGUUUACGAUUGCACCAAUUACAGUGGGCGGCCAACUCUGAGGCAUGGGUGUCUGCCAUACGCGCUUCUGAUGAGCCAUUAGUGAAAGAUAUAUUGCACAAUUUCCACAUCUAUAGUGACGAUGAGUUGCUACGCUUAGCCCAAGAACAGCAUAUACGCAUUGGAUUUACUGUGGAGCGUCUGCCAUUCGGUCACUUUGCUAUCGGGAACUAUUUGGGGCCUCAAGCGAUUAGCCAGUUAGUUAUAAUGAAGGACGAUCUUUAUUUUCAAUAUACGGUGGCUUUUGUUCCCAGAAUUUGGCCUCUCCUCGAAAAAUUCAAUACUCUGAUAUAUAGCUGGCAUUCUUCUGGCUUCGAUAAAUACUGGGAAUACCGUGUCGUUGCUGAUAACUUAAAUCUGAAGAUACAGCAACAAGUACAAGAUACAAUGACUGGAAUUAAAGAUAUUGGUCCG